UAGUCUCGUGAUCACCGGCUUCUUGCACGUUUCUUUAUAAUUAAAAUUCAAUAAUAUUAAUUAAAAAAUAUAAAUAGUAUACAAAAUUUUAGCCAAAUUAUAUUUUCAAUUUUUUAUUUUAAUUAUAUUACAUCAUUGUUAUAAUUAAUCAUUAUAUUUAUAAAUAAAUUAAAUGAAUUUUCAUUUUAUUUUUUUUCUUUCAUUUCACAUGUGCGUGUAAGUUUUAUUUUUGCAUAUUUUAAUCAAGUGAAAAUUCAUUAAAAAUUUUUUUUUUUAAUUACUUUUGAUUUCAUUGAAAUCAUUGAGUUCACAUCAUUAUUUCAAUGGCAUUCUUGGUAUUUUUAAUAUAAUUUUAAUCACACUUAUUGAAUGUCAUUAAUUAAAACCUCGAUAUUCUCGUAACACUGUGAUUAAAAUUUUUCCAUUUUUUUUUUUUUAUUUACAAUACUGUUGACAUGUAUUUUGAUAAUUAGCUUGAAUUUUUUUUAUUUAUUUUUGUAUCUUCUUUGUUGAAUCUGUGCUAUAGUUCAGUGAAUUAAUAUUACCUCCGUGUAGUUUAAACGUGAUUAAAUUUCCAUUGUCUAAAAGGGUGUAGAUUUAAGGACCGAAGGUAAAUGAUAGUGAGAAAACACAAAGCAAAUAUUAUAUAAAAUAUAAACUAAAAUAGUGUAUACAUAUUUCUCAAUGUUUAAUAAUAAAUUAACAAAAUAUAGUAGCUCUUGUAGCUCAUAUAUAAAAUUAAUUAAUUUAUCAUAAAUUUAUUGAGUUUGAGAAUUUUACAUGGAUUGAAAUUUUAUUUGAAAAUUAAUCAUUCUUAUAAAUCCAAGUUAUAACGCGCAUACAUUUUUCAUUUAGUUGGAAAGUUCAAGUACAAAAAUUUCUAUUAUAAUUUUGCUUUUCAUUUUAUCAACGAUAGUAUAAAAUUAUUUGAAAAAAAAUUAAGUAAAAUAUUAUAAUACAAUUUAAAUGAUAAUUAUGUAUACAUGAAACAAUGAGAUUGCUUAUUUUUUUUUUUUUAAAUUUAUUUUAUGUAAGGGGGUUGAAGAAAGUACUUGGAUUAGUGUGAGACAGUAAAAGCCUUAGAGACUAAGUGCAAACGCAUGUAAGGGGAUUUUGCUGUUGCAUUUAAUCCUUUUUGCAAAGUCAAAAACACCAAGUGAGAACUUGGAAGAAUUAUUUUUUUUAUUUCCUGCAAGAGGAUAUUUUAAUUCUCUUCUCAAAUGUACACUUGUGAAAUUAUAAAAAUUAAAAAUCUAAUAUAAUCAUCGAAAUAUUUUAAAAGAAAUUUUUUUAAUUUUAAACUUAAUUAUUUUUUAAAUAUUACAUUUGAGUAUGGAAAAUUUUGAGACAAAGGAAAAUGUUAGGGUAAAUAGAUUGUCGAGAAUAUCAGGAUAUUCUGAGCCAUGUGUUGUGAUUGAUAAUGACAAUGAUCAAAGCGCAUUAUCUGAGUGCAACAUGACAUCAAUUAAUAUCAAUGAUGAUAAUAAUAUUGAAUAUUAUCUUCUUGAUGAUUCACCAAUGGCAAGAUUUGCAAGAAGUGUCAAAUGGUCCUAUCAAAAAUUACCAGUGGGUGGGGGUGGAGCCGUGCUGGUGCUCAGCGAACUCGAGAGCAUGGCAGCAAGACAGCAAAGGGAGAUUGCACAGCAAAGACGUCUCCUUGAACAACGUGAAGCUAGACUUGCCGUGCUACGAAAUGCACAGAAUUUAUUGAAGGAACCAGCACAACAGGAAAGGCUCGCUCGAUUACGACAUCGUUUGGAUCAACAACAGAGUAAACUCAACAGGCUUCGAGUAUUGAGAUCCCAGACAGAUCAGUCUCGAGCCAACAAUGCAACUCUAACAUCUGACUUGGACUGUAUAAGGGCACUGUUCAAUGAAAAAGAAAAAGAACUCUCGCUGGCUGUUGCGAAGGUCGAGGAGUUGACACGACAACUUGAAGAUUUGCGAGGUCGACACAAUGGAAAUGCUGGUGGUCAAGUGCCAUCGGCUGCGAGUGCAGAGCUUGAAAAAUUACGAAGAGAACUCAUGUACCGUAAUAAAAUGAAUGAACAACAAAAUCAAGUUGUAUCACAGCAAAGAUUGGUACUAGCACAAAGACAAGCUGAAAUGACAUCAAUUGAUUCAAGAAUAGCACAAUUACAAGGUAGAUUACAACGUAAACGUGCAUUAAAUCAACGUUUAUUAAGUCAACAAUUAAAUAAUCGUCAAUCAAAUAUAAUACUACCAGGAUAUGAACAAUCAAAUAAACAAAAACAACAAAAACAAUCUCAUCAUCAUCAUAAUCAUCAUCAUCAACAGCAGCAACAACAACAACAACAACAACAGCACCAACAACAACACCAGCAACAACAACAUCAACAUCAACAAAAUCAACGUGAUCAAGAAUUUAAAAAUUUAUCAAAAUUACGACCAGCUGGUAAUGUUGCUGCAAUUGAACCAUACAGUCAUAUACCAAAUGACAAUGAUUUUAAUUUAAAUAAAAAUGAUCCCAAGUAUCAAACAUUACCAUAUAAUACAAAAUUUACUGUUAAUUUAAAACCAAUUGAUGAUGAUUUAAAAAAUAAAAAUAAUAAUAAAAUUCAACACAGUCAAAGUGCAUCACAAAUUGGACAAAGAACAACAUUACAACAAUUGGGACAUCAAAUUGUACAUAGUCAAUCACAAUCUCAUAUACAGGGUCAAUCACAAAUACUUGGUAUUAAUCAAUCAACACAACAACAAUCUCAACAACAACAACAACAAAAUAAUAAUUCACAAAAUUUUACAUCUCAAUCAAAUUUUCAUUCAAAUAGUAAUAACAAUAAUAAUAAUAGUAAUAGUAAUAGUAAUAACAAUGAUAAUAAUAUUGUAAAUAAUAAUAAUAUCAUUAAUAAUAAUUGUAAUAAUAAUAGUAAUAGUAAUACGGGAACAACGAAUUUUGUAAAUGAUAAUCAGGUACAAAAUACAAGACUACAACAAACAACGACAAUACAACAAAAACAACAAUUAACCUCGUCAAAUAUAUCAUCAUCAUUAAAUACAUGUAAUAAAGAUAUACGUCAAUCAAUAACACAAAAUCAUAAUCAUAUUAAUAGAAAUAUACAAAUACAUCAAAAACCAGUAUCAAGUGUUGCACCAAGUUUUUCAGUUAAAUCACCAAUAUAUCAAACAUCAUCAACUAAAAUACAUCCAGUUAUGCCACAAACAUUAAGUAUGAUUGGACGUAAUCAUUCAACAUUACAAAAUCAACAACAAUUAACAUCAACAAAUACACAAACAACAACAGCAACAGCAACAAUAACACCAACGACAACACCAGCUGCAACAACAACAACGACAACACCAGCAACAACAACAUCAACAAUAAAUGAUACAACAAGACAAUUAAAUUAUCAACAACAAGGACAACAAUUAAAUCAAACAUUUAAAAAUAUUACAAGUGGUAAUAAUACAAAUUAUCAAAAUUAUCAAUCACAAAAUAUAAAUCAAAAUCAUGAUAAUCAAAUUGAAAGAUUAAAAUAUAAUAAUGAUUGUAAAAUUAAUCAAGAUAGAUUUGAUAUUAAUAAACAUGAACAAAUGAGAUAUGAUAAUAAUCAAAUUAAAUUAUUUGAUAAUAAUAAAAAUGAACAACAAAGAUAUGAACAACAAUCAUUAAAAUUAGAUACAAAUCAUAUUAAUAAUAAAUUUGAUCAUACACAAUUACCAUAUGGUAUUGGUGGUGGUAAACAUGAUCAUGAUAUACGUAAUAGUAUUAAAUUUGAAUCACAACAACAACAACAACAAUAUAAGCAACAACAAUUUAAACAAACACAAGAACAAAUUAGUAAUAAUAAUAAACAUGAUUGUAAAUUAGAUAAUAUUGGACAAAAAUAUGAUGUUAAUCAAUCAAAUAAACAUGAUCAUGCAACAAAACUUGAACCACCAAUUAAAUUAUCUGAUAAUGAUAGAAAAGCAAUUAAUUUUGUUGAAAAUAAGGCUGAUGAUAAAAUGAAACCAGCAUUACCACCAAAACCUGUCAAGCCUAAUCCACCACCAAGACUCAACAGCCAAGAUAAAUCUGAUUCUUCUGGUGAAACAACAAAUGAAAAUAAAUCCAAUGUCAAUAGAAACGAAAAAGAAGAAGAAGUAGUACCACCAAUACCAACAAGUGAACCACCAGAAUCACCAAAUGAAACAACAACAGUAACAACAACAACGACAACAUCAACAACAACAAAUCAUCAAAUAAUAAAAGCACGUCCAUUGACAUUUAAAAAAGGUAUAUUAUCUGAUCCAAGAUUAAGAUAUUCAAAAUCAAAUGUACAUGUAUCGAUAAAUCGACGUAUUGAAAUGCCACCAGCAUUUUUAUUUCCUGAGACUGAAAUACCUGCUGAUCUUAUGCAAACUGAUCAUCAAAAUCAAAAUAAUAAUUCAGAUGUCACUGAUCAUACAUCUAUGUUACAAACAACAAAAUUAAUAAACAAUAAUAAUAAUAUUAAUGAUAAAUUAGAAGAUUCUGAUAUUGUUGAAGCAUUAAAUGUUAUUAAUAUUGAGGAUAAAUUAAAAAAAGAUACUAGAAAUGAAAUUGAUUUGGAUAAUAAUAAUAAACAAAAAACAAGUGGUGAUGUUAUUAGAAGAAAAAAAGGUAAUUUAAAAUCAACAACUGGUAAAGUUAAUUUAUCAAGAAGAGUAUCAUUUGAUCCAUUGGCAUUAUUACUUGAUGCUAGUCUUGAGGGUGAACUUGAACUUGUUAAAAAAACAGCUAAAGAAGUUACAAAUCCAAGUGCAGCUAAUGAUGAAGGUAUAACAGCAUUACACAAUGCCAUUUGUGCUGGACAUCUUGAUAUUGUUAAAUUUCUUGUUGAAUUUGGAUGUGAUGUCAAUGCCCAAGACAGUGAUGGAUGGACGCCUCUUCAUUGUGCUGCAAGCUGUAAUAAUCUUCCUAUGGUAAUAUUUUUGGUUGAACAUGGAGCUUGUAUAUUUGCAACAACACUUUCUGAUCAAGAAACAGCUGCUGUUAAAUGUGAAGAAGAUGAGGAAGGUUUUGAUGGAUGUUCAGAAUAUUUAUACAGUGUACAAGAAAAACUUGGUAUUAUGUAUAGUGGAAAAGUUUAUGCAGUAUUUGAUUAUGAAGCACAACAUAAUGAUGAAUUAUCUCUUAAAAAUGGUGAUCAAUUGAUUGUAUUGAGAAAAGGAGAUGAUAAUGAGAGAGAAUGGUGGUGGAGUAAGCUUGGUAAUCGUGAAGGAUAUGUUCCAAGAAAUUUAUUAGGGAUGUUUCCAAGAGUUCGGGCAGCAAAAACAGAAUAAAAUAUGUUAAUAAAUAUUAAAUAUUUAUGUUAAUUUAAAUAUUUUAUCACCACAGUAUUCAUUGCUUUAUCAUACUGAGUAUUUGUAUUUUAAUCUUUAAAAAUGAGAGAAAAAAAAAAAGUAUAUUAUUUGAACUUGCAUGUUAUCGUUAAAGUCAAAAUCUUAUUUUAUUUUUUUUUCCUCUCCUUAAUAUGCAAUUACUUGCGGUACUUAAGCAAUUGUUCACAAAGAGAUUUUAAAUUUUAUUUUUUUUAAUUGUUUUUCUUUUUUAACUAAAAGAAAAUUUCAAUUUGUGUUUAGUUGAAUUUAAAUUGUAUGUGAAUUAUUAUUAUUUUUUUUUUUUUUUAACUUAUUAAUUUAUAAAAAAAAAAAAAUAAAUUAAUAGGAAAAAAAUAAUUCAUGAUCUAUUGAUUAUCUUGCCGAUAGAUAUUAUAAAUAUUGUAACAAUUUUUUUAAAUAAUAAUUUUAGUCACUUGAAUUGUUUAUGUAUAAAUAAAUUUAAACAAAUUUUUUUUUUUUUUAAUAAUUGCAAUUAUUGAUUAAACACAGACUGUUAAAAUGCAAAAAUAAAAUAUAUAUAUAUAUGUAAGAAUUAUAAUACAGAAAUGAAUAUAUAAGAAAUUUAAAAAAAAAAAAAAAAUCAAAUACAGAGUUUUAAAAAAAUGUGUACAAAUUGCUGGAUCGCAAAACAAUAUUAUUGUUCCAAAAUUUUUAAAAAUGUGUGCCUUUAAAAAUAAUGAUGAACAUAUAAAAAUUACAUUAUGUAAAAACACACGAUAUUAUAAAUAAUAAUAAUAAUAAAUUUGUUUUCUUUUUCCAUAAAAA